UAUCCCCACACAAAAACAUCAGGGUCACCAAUCACUGACUGGCUUAUAUCGCCGAGGGCAAAAACCUGUGAGCAUGGAGAGGUGGCGGCUUUCUUUGUCUCACUUUUGAGAUGUUUCCUUGAAGCUUCUGUACAACUUGGGGUGGCUUUCUGUCGUUAUUGUCUUCCCUCCCUCGUUUCCUCUAUCUACCUCGUGAGGGGUAUAUAACUCAAAAUCAAGUCUUUCACAUUAGUCAAUAGGCUUCACUUUGUCCUUUCAGUUUCAGCACGGUAUAUUCUCUUGCUUUCUCAAGAUACUGAGUUUUUCCCUUGUUUAACCAAACAUUCAGGGGACGAUUUUGCAAAGCUGACCCCCGAAAAUUUGGAACGUUGAUUGCAGGGAGAGAGAAAGAGGAAAAAAGGGGGGGGCCUUCGAUUCGCUUUUUUUCUUGCCCUUCUUCUUUUUCUCAAUCAUUUGCAAGCCAUCGUCUUCUGGGUUUUUCUGGGUUAGGUUACUAUGGAAUCCCUUCUCACAGAACAUUCUAGUUCGUUGAAUGGGUUUAAGUUUGACCACAGAUCGAUUUCGAUCCACCCAAAUUGUAAUCUCAUUAAUGGGUUCAAACAUGAUGCCGAACCCAAUAACCCCGUUUCCAGUGCAUCUAGCUUGGAGGUGGAAUCCCCAGAAGAUAGUGAUACCUCCAAUUCGAUUCUCAAGUUCAUAGGGGAGAUGCUCAUGGAGGAGGACUUGGAGGAGAAAAACUGCAUGUUGCAGGAUUGCUUGGCCGCCCUCCAGGCCGAAGAAAAAAAUUGGCGUGAUGUCCUCUACCAGAAGGAUUCCCCGUCAUCAGAACAUUCAUCCCCUUCCGUUAAUCAAAACUUCAUGAGUAGAUAUUAUUAUUAUUCCCCUGAAAAUAGCAAUUCCGAUGGUUGUUACAACUGUGCGGCUGUAUCAAACCAUGUUAAGUUCAAUGGUGCUCAUGAGCAGGGUAAUUGCAAUGCCUCUUGUGCUGCUGUGAUUGAUUCUCCUUCUAGCUCCUAUCUGGAUCUUGACUCAUAUAGUGGAAUACAAGCAGCUAAUGAGCUCCUUUUAAGUCGGACUACUGAUAUACUUGGUGUGGGGAGUAAUCGGACAGUGUUUCCUGAACCAAAAGAAGUAGUUGAUCAUACUGGGUCAGAGGGUGAGGGAAGUCAAUGUUCUCCCAACAGGGAAAAGAAAAGUCACGGACGGGAAGAUGAAGAGUACCAACAAGGAGGACGAAGUAACAAACAGUCAGCAAUUUUCGUGGAAGAAGAGUUUGAUGAACAAACAGCUUUGUUUGACAAGGUCUUGCUUUGUCAAGGUGGAAUAGGUGACCAAUUAUACCCUCUUUACGAUAACCCAGAAAAGCAAGAAAAUGAAGAGUUGCCGCGGAAUGUUCCUGCAAAAGGAUCCAGCAGCAGCAGCAGUAGCAGUAGCGGCAACAGCAGUGGCAAAACGUCACGAAGGAGGAAAAAGGGGAGUGGUGGGGAUAUGGUGGAUCUGUGGACCCUUUUGACUCAAUGUGCACAAUCUGUGGCAAGCAAUGAUCAUCGAAGUUCACAUGAACUGCUCAAACAAAUCAGACAGCAUUCUUCUCCCUAUGGCGAUGGCACCCAGAGGCUGGCCUAUUAUUUCGCCAAUGGCCUUGAAGCACGUUUAGUAGGCACAGAGACGCCAUCCUAUUCGGCGCUCAUAGGUAAUGGUGCAUCUGCUGCCGAAAUCCUCAAAUCCUACCAGGUCUUCGUCCAAGCGUGCCCCUUUAAAAGGAUGUCAAAUUUCUUUGCAAACAGGACAAUCAUGAAAAGGGCUGAGCAAGCACGCAGGCUUCACAUUAUUGAUUUUGGCAUUCUCUAUGGCUUCCAAUGGCCCUGCCUUAUUCAACGUAUCUCGAGAAGACAAGGUGGCCCUCCCAAGAUCCGCAUGACGGGUAUCGAGUUCCCACAACCUGGGUUUAGACCCUCGGAGAGGGUCGAGGAAACUGGGCGACGAUUAGAGAAGUAUGCCAAGAGAUUCAACGUGGACUUUGAGUACCAGGUGAUUGCGAAAAAGUGGGAAACCAUCCAAUUAGAGGAUCUGAAGCUUGAAGGAGACGAGAUGACUGUGGUCAAUUGCUUGCACAGGUUGAAGAACCUGGCUGAUGAAUCAGUGCUGAUGAACAGUCCAAGGGAUGCAGUUUUGAAUCUGAUAAGAAGGAUUAACCCGGAUAUAUUCGUCCAUGGGGUGGUCAACGGCUCCUAUAAUGCUCCUUUCUUUGUCACGAGGUUCCGGGAAGCGCUGUUUCAUUUCUCUUCGCUGUUUGAUAUGUUUGAUGUGAGUUUGACUCGAGAGGAUCCACAGAGGAUGCUCUUUGAGAAAGAGGUAUUUGCCAGAGAUGCGAUGAAUGCCAUCGCAUGUGAAGGUUUUGCCAGGGUCGAGAGGCCCGAGACAUACAAGCAAUGGCAGAUUAGAAAUAUGAGAGCAGGCUUUAGGCAGAUUCCGUUGGAUGAUGAGAUAUUUAGGAAAGUAAAGAAAACAGUAAAGGUACAGUACCACAGGGAUUUCAUCGUAGAUCAGGAUGGAUGUUGGAUGCUCCAGGGAUGGAAAGGGAGAGUGAUCCAUGCACUCUCGUGCUGGGUACCCGCUUAGGGAUUGGGCUAGAAUAGUGUGUGCUUUUAAAGUAUAUUUGUAUCUAUUCUUUAUAGAUAGUGUUUUUGCUACAAAAAAUGAUGCCAUGUAAAUCCUAGUUCCUUAUUGCUGGGCCUAUUGAAGAAUAUUUGAGCAGAUAUAAUGUAAAAUAGCUUCUUCAUUUUCAUUUCAAGCUAAGGACAAGACUAUCAUGA